AUGGACAUAGCAGCACUAGAAGACAAACUAACAAGCACUCAUGCCCUAGAGAUAUUCUCAACUGAAUUAUCCAAGUCAAUCUCACAAGGAGACACAAAUAGAACAGAUCUCCUGAUAGACACAGCAUCAAACACAAAGAAUCUUUCUAAGCCUUCAAUUGCCAUCUUACUAAAGUCAUCUUUAGAUGCCCUGGAGAAGCAACAAAUAAACCCAAAGGAAAGAAUAAGAAUAUACAACAGACUAAUAGACUGGGCACAAAAUAAUAAAAGGACCCUCCUUAAGAUAGACUUUGAUAUCAGAAAGAUAGAAGGAUUAUUACAAUUAAGGGAAUAUACAGCAGCAUUAGACUUAAUACAACAGACAGUUAAAUUACUUAAAAGAGCAGAUGAUAAGAUAGGAUUAGUUAAGUUAUUCUAUCUAGAGAGUAAAGUAUAUUAUGCAUUACAUAAUAUAUCUAGGGCUAAGUCAGCCUUAACACUCUCUAAGUCUACUGCCACCUUAGUCUACUGUCCUUCUUAUAUGCAGGCUAAAAUAGACUUAUUAUCUGGUGUAUAUGCAGCAGAUGAAGGGGAAUAUGGGAUUAGUGCAGGAUACUUAGUAGAGGCAAUGGAUGGAUUUAUUUUAUCACGGGAUUACAGUAUGGGACUAAUUUGUUAUAGAUAUUUAUUACUUGUUAAGGUGAUGGAUGGUAGGUCAGGUGAGAUUAAUAGUAUAAUUGUUAAUAAGGGUAGUGUAUUUGAAGAUAAGGAUCCUGUUGUAGAUAUGCUUUGUAGGAUUAGUACGUGCGUUGUAAACAGAGAUCUUCAAGGUUGUCAGAAGAUAGUUGAUUCUGGGUCUAAUCUAUUGGGUUCUGAUGGGUUCCUGAUGGAGCACCUUAGGGCCCUUUGUAAUUCCUUGAUUGAUGCGAAUAUUCUGAAGAUAAUUGAGCCAUAUUCUAAUAUAAGCAUAGGCCACAUAGCAGAAGUAUUGGGCUUUGGGGUGGAUGUGAUUGAGGACCGAGUCAGGCGCAUGAUCCUGGAUGAAAAGAUCCGUGGGGAUAUUGAUCAGGAGACUAUGUGCAUAAAUAUACAGAAGGCACAGGAUGGGAAUAAUUACAGGAAGGAGGCACAAGAUAUACUGGGCGUACUAUCAGAGACAAUUGAUACCAUAUUAGGGAAGUAG